CUCCUUUGCCCUGGUCAACGGAAGCCUGCCUCCACUCGUUCUCUGUCACCGGCGGUCACUCACCAUUGCCAUCACCCCGGUCGACCUUGCCCGACCCGACAUCCUCACAGACAUUUUUCUUAUAUCACUCAAUUGUGAACUAUGGAGUUUGUCAGCCCUGAAGGUCUUCGGUUAGAUGGUCGCCGUCCCAUGGAAAUGAGGAAAAUUCAUGCAGAGAUUGGUGUUGUAUCCAAAGCCGACGGUUCUGCUAUGUUCGAGAUGGGUAACACUAAAGUUCUUGCUGCUGUAUAUGGCCCUAGAGAGGUUCAAAAUAGGAGCCAACAACUGAAUUCUAAUGCAUUGGUGCGAUGUGAGUACACCAUGGCAAAUUUUAGCACUGGAGACCGAAUGAGAAAACCAAAGGGUGAUAGGAGAUCCACUGAGAUAUCUCUAGUUAUUCGUCAAACCAUGGAAGAAUGCAUUUUGACCAACUUAAUGCCUCGAUCUCAGAUAGACAUUUUUGUGCAAGUUCUCCAAGCAGAUGGAGGAACUCGAUCUGCAUGUAUCAAUGCUGCAACCCUGGCCCUGGCAGAUGCUGGAAUUCCAAUGCGGGAUCUUGUUACUUCUUGCAGUGCUGGGUUCCUUAAUAACACCCCUCUACUUGAUUUAAACUAUAUAGAAGAUAGUGCUGGAGGCGCUGAUGUCACUUUAGGAAUUAUGCCCAAGUUUGACAAAGUGACUCUUCUUCAGAUGGAUGCUAAGUUGUCGCUGGAUACUUUUGAAAAUGUAAUGCAACUUGCGAUCGAGGGGUGCAAGGCAGUUGCAGAAUACAUUAGAGAAAUAUUAUUGGAGAAUACAAAGCAAUUGGAGUAUCUUCGAGGAACAUAGUUUCAUAGCAUGUUAAGGUUGGCUACGCUAUGUAAUUUGGCGGAUGGAAGUAAGCUUGGACGAAGAUCACGCUUGGUUGGAAUGAUGCUGUACUCAUGAAAUGGAGAGUUUGUUUUAGAAUAUGGAAACAGUUCAUGCCGAAAUUGGUUAAUUUUAAGGCUGAUAUUAAGUUGUAAUCUGCUAACUGAACUAAAUAUUCGUUUUAAGUGAUAUUAUUUGUGUUGGAAUUGAUCGAAGAUCUGAAGUAAUAUGAAACGAAUCAACGCUC